GGAACCGGCGCUCCACACGAUCACCGUUUCUUCCCCCAAGAAUGUAGACGUCAGACGGGAUUUGACCCGGCGGUGGAAUUAGGCCUGCCAUCGAGGGAUUCUAGUCCAAGCACGUAAGGCCAGAAGAAGAAGAAGUAGUAGAAGGAGCGGCGGCAGCGGGCAGGGACAGAGCGAAAAUGGGGAGAGUAUUCCUAGUUGAAUUGGGAGGCAGAGCCUACAGAUGCAGGUUCUGCAACAGCCCUCUUGCUCUUGCUGACGAUGUGCUCUCCAAGUCCUUCAAUUGCCGCCAGGGAAGGGCAUUCCUUUUCACCAAAGUGGUGAAUGUAACAGUUGGAGGUGAAGAGGAAAGAUUGAUGCUUACUGGUAUGCACACUGUUGAAGAUGUUUUCUGUUGCUGCUGUGGGCAAAUCCUUGGUUGGAAGUAUGUUGCUGCACAUGAUAAGAGCCAAAAGUACAAGGAAGGGAAAUUCGUUCUGGAGAGAUGGAGGAUCAUGGAGGAGGUAACGGAGGAUUUCAAUUUGGAAGCUCACCCCGGUUCGAGCGAUGUAGAGAACCCAUAGCAUGUCGUCGCGUUUCUCAUUCAGUAAGUAGUUGAAUGCUGCCCAGAACAUUGCUCGAGGGCAACUUGAGGCCUCUAGUAUUCUGGUUUAGAGACAGGAUAUUUCCCGAGAAUGCAGAUACAUAGUCGCCAUAGUGCUAGCGCCUUUUGCGAGUAAAUAAGGUGUGCUUAUGGCGCGGAUCAAAUUAGAAUUGGCGAUAUGAAUGGGGUAAAAUACGUUUCUAGGAGAUUUCUGAAACAGCCGGCAUUGUCCAAUUGAUGCCGAUUUACUUCGCGUUCAUGAACAGAAUAGUUCAGUACAACUUUAGUCAUGUCUUAUAAGUUGUGCCAUUAUGUGUAUCGUGAGAGAUUUUGUGAAAUCAGGUAUGAUUCAUGCAUA